AUGGGUCAAGUUGAAGUUGGCGUCAUCUUGCAAUCCGAGGCGGCUCGGCUGUACUACCUGCCCUUGCGCAAGGCGCAGCCAAUCCGAAUAGACUUGGGCGAGAUACCGGUCGAGCUGGCGCGAUGGGUGGUUCGGGUCAAGGAGGGCCGCGAUGUCCGGAUGUUCGCCCUCGAGGCACACCGGGAGCCGUUUGAUAUGAGAAGGGUUGGGCGUUUUGUAGAGAUUAUACUUCUGGACUGCCGCGUCGAUGAAGCCGGUGAAAUUGUGCCGUCGAACCCAGUCUUCUGGAAAGUCACCGAUCCCAACGGCGUACACCCCCACGACGCCGUUCUUCGCCACACUUUCUGGGCUCGUCUCGCUUUCGCCCCACACGCACCGGGAACAAUUGAGGCUCAGAUCGUGGAAAUCGCUCUACCGGCUUCGCCGUCGCCCAAUUUGCCUGCUCCACCGCCAAAGCAACAAAUCAGGAAGCCCGCUCCGGAAAGCUCGCCUCCUGACCGGCGCGUCCCCGACUGGAUCGAGCCCAGCGGCCCACACCCACUCGAUGUCACCUAUGAAAAAAAAAAGCGGUCGAGCCUGCCGGUCAAGAAGAGUGGAAAAGAAAAAGUGCAGCAGCCUCAGGAAACCGUCGAAGACUUGUUCGGGCAUCUGGACUUGAGCUCCAGUUUCGAGGACCUACCACUGAACCCAUCCCUCUUCAACAACAAUCCGCCGGGCAUGCCAUCGAAAAGUCAAGAAAUCAAGGUCCGGCAGCUCGGCAACACGCCGCCAUUUCCGACAGAGGAAGAGCGACGGCGCCAGUUUGAGGCCAGCCUGCGCGCCUUCGACUUCAACAAGUUCAAUAGCGCUGCAUCGCACCCGCCGAAUGGAAAUCAACCCGUCGAAAGUCACGCCGCUCCCAUUCAGCCUGUCGUCGCCAAUUCUCCGGUCAAGCUAGUGGGUUCCUUCGAGCGCGAGAAGGUUGAAAUGCAGUCGCCGAAGAUCAGCGUGCCCGAAAUGUUCAAGGACCAAGUUCUCCAGAAGGUCCAGAAAUCACCCAGCAACUCGUCGGUCAAGGACUCAUUUAAGGAAAUGGUGGUGGCCUCACUUUCGCGAUCGCCAAGCCCAACCCAGUUACAAAUGCCCGAAGCGCCGCCCUCGCCUCCCACCAGCCCCGAAUUGGCCAAAUUCCUCAAUGAGAUUAAAAUAGACCCGCGUGACGGCAGUUUCCCCGAUGCUUGCUACAAACGAUGGGCCCUCCUCAUCGACGAGGACCCGCUUCUUGCUGACGUGAUCGCCGAGGAAUUCUCCGACUAUUACGCUCAACUCUUCCCCAACAUGGUC